UUGUAUCAACUCCUCGACCUGCAACAUGUCCAUUGAUAUAUUACAAGUGAAGUGCGAUACGUGCAGUGAGGUCGCGCACGAACCAUACAUUGAGUGUUGUGAAUGCGAGACUAAUUUGUGUACGUCUUGUUUUGCCGCCGGUCAGGAAAUACGCGAACAUAAAAAUUGCCACAAGUAUGCAGUGCGAAGGAAUGAUUUCCCCCUUUUCGACAACUGCAAUUGGUCGGCUAAAGAGGAGUGCAAAUUACUAUCAGCAAUAUCAACACAUGGCUUUGGUAACUGGGAAGAAGUGUCAAAAGUUGUCCAUACAAGAUCAAAAUUAGAAUGUCAUGAACAUUAUAAAAAAUAUUACAUAGAAAAUGUACAAUACAAAGAGUUAAAGUUGCUUCCUGAAACAGAACAAUCCUUAUUUCCCAAACCAAUAACUCCAUACUUGUAUAAUUUACAGGUUUGUGUAAAUCCACCACGAAAUAACCAGUCCGACCAGCAUCUAGCAGGUUAUAACGCAUACAGAUCAGAAUUCGAACUUAGUUAUGAUCAUAAUGCGGAAAAUAUAUUUAAUAUUGAAGAUGACUACUCAGAUGAUGAAGAUGAAGAACUUAUGGAUGCCCUGAAAGUGGGCUUAGUGAAGGCAUUUAACACAAGGCUGAUAGAAAGACAUAGGCGAUAUAAUAUUAUAAAAAACCAUGGCUUAAUUGUGUUAAAUAGAGUAGUUUCAUGGUUAAAAAGAUUUGACGACACAUUAAUGAGAGCAAAGACUGAAAAACUAGUCUCAUUUAUGCAGUUCAUGACUGGUAUGCAGUUUGAUGCAUUCAUGGAAUCAUUGAGUCUUGAAGAUGAGUUAUUGCAAAAAAUAUUCCGGCUCAGUGAUUAUCGGAAGAACGGUAUAAAAACGUUUUACUCAGCAAAGCUUUAUCAGCAACUGAAAGUGGAGAAUACUUUAGCAUUUAAGGAACAGAAGUAUCUUACGAUGGUUAUGCAAAAUAGAUUUGAGUCUCAGAGUCAAUCUCCAAUUAAAUCAAAACAAUAUGGAAUCAAAGAUAAAAAGAUGAAGAGAAUGUCUAUGCCAUUGGAUAUUGUUGGUCUUCCGUGUUGUCAUCUUUUAUUAGACAGUGAAAAGACGUUAUGUUCUAACUUGAGACUGUUGCCUACAAACUACUUGGACAUCAAAGGUCAACUUAUAUCAGAGAACAAUAAGUUAGGCUUUCUUAGGCUACUUGAUGCUCGUAGGAUUUUAAAGAUUGAUGUAAAUAAAACUAGGAAAAUAUAUGACUAUCUUAUGCAGGAAGGCUUUAUUAAUAUGCCUCCAGUAAAUAAAUAACUGUAUGAAAUGUGGUGAAAAUAAUGAACUUUAAUUUAUAAGAAAAACUGC